CACUACAUCGUAUAAAAUACUUACCCAUUAAAUCCAAAUCUCUCUUCUGAAAAAAAGAAAAUAUCUCUGUGAGGAACAUUAACAAAAUAAGAUACCCCUUCCACUUUCGCAAACUAUCCUAAUCUAUAGUACUGACAACUUUCUGAAAACCCUAGAUUGAAGCUCAACCUUUGGGGACCUGAAUGCUGUAGCUGUAGACGACGGAGACGAAUCGGAAUAACAACAACGAGAAGGAGAGGAUAUGGAGGGUGGGAUGUUGUCCGCCAGUGAUCAGCAGAGUAUGGUCUCAUCGUUCUUGGAGAUCGCCGUUGGACAAACGGCCGAGACUGCCAGGCAGUUCUUGCAGGCCACAAGUUGGAAGCUUGAGGAGGCUAUUCAGCUUUUUUAUAUAGGCAGUGAAGGCGGCACUGUAGUGGGAGGAUCGUCUUCUCAAUUUCCGCCUACAGAAAAUAUUGAAGCUUUGGCCGAACAGACUGCUCGAAUGAUUCGACUCAGUGAAGCCGAAAGGAAUUUGGCACCGAUUGUUGGAGAUGAAGUACGCCCUCCUUUACCUGUUAUCAGGGAAGCCCUUUAUGAUGAUGCCUUAAUGUACGGGGCAUCAAGAAUGAGAAAUCCAUCCUCUGAAUCAAACUCAUUAAUUGCUUUCCGUAAUUUUGAUGAAGAAAUGAAACGCCCUGGGGUUUGGGAAUCAGAGCAAGGUGUUGCAUCAACAGCAGAUAAUGCUCGGGAUAAUCUGGCCUCCUUAUAUCGACCUCCCUUUCAUAUAAUGUUUCAGGGAUCAUUUGAAAAGGCAAAGGGAACUGCCUCUUCUCAGGACAAAUGGCUCUUGGUAAACUUGCAGUCUACUAAGGAGUUCAGCUCACAUAUGCUUAAUCGAGAUACAUGGGCUAAUGAAGCUGUCUCUCAAACGAUCAGUACAAACUUUGUCUUUUGGCAGGUUUAUGAUGAUACAACUGAAGGUCAGAAAGUUUGCACAUAUUACAAGCUGGAUUCCAUUCCUGUAGUACUUGUUAUUGAUCCCAUUACUGGGCAGAAAAUGCGCUCAUGGGUUGGAAUGGUCCAACCUGAACGAUUGUUGGAGGAUCUAUUGACAUUCAUGGAUAGUGGUCCAAAGGAUCAUCACGUGACUUUGUCACACAAACGACCCAGAGAAAGUUCUUCGGCUCAGCCACAGAAAACUAAAGUUGCAGACAAGACUAGUGAAGAAGAUGAAGAAGUGUUGCGAGCAUUGGCCGCUUCCAUGGAAAGUAUGAAGGAGACCAGUGAAGUGAUUCCAAAGGAUAAACAUGUAAAUCUCACUGAUGAGGAUGAGAAAACAUGCCCGGAUAAGAAGCCUGAUUAUCCACCUUUGCCAGAAGAACCCAAGGGCGAUAAAAGCCUUCUAUGUAGGGUUGGGGUUCGUCUUCCAGAUGGGCGCAGGGUGCAACGGAGUUUCUUUCGCACCGACCCAGUUCAGCUGCUAUGGUCAUUCUGUUGUUCUCAACUAAAGGAAGCCGAAACAAGACCAUUUGGAUUGACACAUGCAAUACCAGGAGCUUCCAAGAGUUUGGAUUAUGACACUGAGAUGACAUUUGGGGAGUCUGGCCUUGCCAACUCUAUGAUAUCUGUUACGUGGGAAUAAAUAUUGACAUUAAGUAUAAGUAUUUGUAUUGUCGUUUCUUUUUUCUUUUCAUCACUUACGUGUUUAGUCUUUUUAUUUAUACCGCUAGUUAUGUACAUACUCAAACGGCAGAUUCUUCAAUUGUCUAUGUUCAUUUAUUGUUCUCCCUCGCUAAA